ACCUUCGAGUACGACGACGAUGGCGGACGCAAAGUGAAGACUACAGUGAAAGAGUACUUCCAGAAGGCGUACCCCAAUGUGGCCGUAAACGAUAGGGAGUUCCCGUGUCUCAUACCGCAGGCCAACAAGACUAUAUACCUGCCGAUGGACGCCUGCUACCUGUUCCCGGAUCAGCCCGUGUCCAGAGGCAAACUGGACGCGUAUAACACGUCUAAAAUGGUGCGCGAGUGCGGCACCAAAUCUCCCGUCGAACGCUUUGAUGCCAUUAUGGACGCCGUGACCACAAUCAAGGCGGCGUCGGAACGGUAUCUAAUGGAGUUCAACCUGGACAUCGACACCCAUCCCGUGCAGAUACCGGGCCGCGUACUGAACCCGCCGGCCACUAAGGGCCUGGACCGUCGCCAGGGGCUGGCUAUGCACCGGACGGUGUCGCUGAGGCACUGGGUGUUCGUUAAUCUGUGCGAGCGUUUCGUGGACGACAGGGCUGUCGGGGAUUUCGUGAGCGGACUGUGCGGACAGGCGGCUCGAGCCGUGGGUAUGACCGUCGAGCAGCCGACUAAGGUGUUCCGGUACGACCGCACCGGCCCACGAGAUAUCGCUAAUAUCUUUGUGGGCGCGCGGACUGAGUGCCGCAGAAAGGGAGGCGCCCUACAGAUGAUACUGUUUGUCAUACCCGACGAUAGUGUCAUUUAUAACGCUAUUAAACACGUGGGCGACUGUAAUGAGGGUAUUGUCACGCAGUGCGUGAAGUCCAAGAACGUCGCCCGUCCACCGAAA